AUGGCGACGGACGUGAAGAGACAUCGUGAGUUUUUCAGAAAUUAUAAUAUUUUUUUAAUAUUAUUAAGGACUUACUUUUUUUAGCUCUUUCUAUGUCUUUUUGAUAUUUUUAUCACGAGAUCCGCCAAUAAUAUUUUUGAGAUUUUUUUUUCAAUUUUUCCCGGUCACUUUUUAUCAAAAGAAGAAGUUCAAAAUGGUACUUUAAACAUAAGUUUUUCAAUUUUGACUAGUUAGAAGGAUUUUUUCUCAAAUGCUUCUUAGCUUUCAUCCAUCCCCGAUCCCGACGUCUUCACCUCGUCAUCAUGUUGAUGGCCGCUUUCUUCUGCCUCGGACAGAUGACGUCACACAUCGGCCUGUCCUUGUCCUGCAUGUGCAAUUCCACCGCCGUCGCGCUUCUUUCCAAUGCUUCGUUAGUCGAUUAUCGAUUGAUAGUCUGUUUUUCGCGGCUUGAAAGGGAGAUCUCUGCGCCCUCCUCGUCUCUCGGCGACGCUCUCAUGUUUACGCGCUAUUUUCAUUUUUCUCUGACUUUGCCGGUGAGGGAACAGAGAGACGCAGACACUCGAGAGCUUUCAAGUCGCGGUGGACGGACUAUAAAUGAUGCAUAUGUCAAAAAACUUGGUGGGCAAGUAAAAAAACUCUACAAGUCGGACUCACAAAUAUUCUGAAAAUUGAGGAAUACGGAUAACUUUCAACCUCAGGAAGGUAGAUAAGACUUUAAACUUGAAAGAUUUGUGGGAAGGUAAUGGCUGCCUUGUGUAUCAUAUGCCUAUGUAUGUUAGAAAAUUCUAGAAUUUUCCAAAAAUUCCUGCCACGUUCUGAGAGCUCUACGGGCGGCUCCGUUUUCAAAUGUCUUUAAUCCGUUUCAUUUCAAUUGUUCUCACUUACUGUCAUUCUUGCCCGAGGAGAGUUUUAGAAUCGACAAGAGCGAAGAUUUGCAAUUGGACUUGAACGCGUCGACGUCAGACGAAAGCUGUACGAGGCUUCAGGGCAGAACUGUCAAGGAUUAUGGGGUGGGUUCAGAAAGAAGAAAAAGACAAAUCCGCUCAAAUUUUGGCUGAAAUUCGGAUGGCAUAUUCAUUACAGAAGAACCUAAAUUUAAAGAAAAGUCAAUACGUUUUUGAGCGAUUUGUUUGAAUCAAAUUGAAGUUUUAAAAAUGACUUUUCCCACACUUGGAAAGUUGAAGUGGGUCCUAAGUGGAUUAGGACCUGAAAAAAACAAAAAUCCUCUUUUCCCGAAUUCCUACCAGCUACUUCCUGAAAAUUCCCUAUAGUGGGUUCUAAACGACCAUUUAGGGGGUCCUAUAGGGGACCCUUCAGUAUACCUCUUUAGGGGGUUUUCCCCCUACAGGACCCACUUCAGCUUUUUAGCAGUAUGCCUUCAACUGUCUUUUUUCCUUGACUAUAAAAUCGAUUUCCAGGGCUCGUUCGUGUGGUCCGUCAAGACGCAGGGCAACAUCGUGACGGCGACGUUUGUUGGUUUUCAGAUGCAGUUGACAUCGAAUAAUAGGAAAUUCCGCCAGGCGGAUUCCUGUUCGCCUAUCCGGCCGGGUUCGCCGUCGACCGCCUCAGCGCCCGUCAUCUCCUCUCCCUGGCCAUCUUCGUCCUGUCGCUGAUGUCCUUGUCGAUGCCGUUGCUCGUCGAGCAGUUUGGAGCGACCUCGGCGAUCGUUGUCCGGUUCAUCAUGGGCAUUUCGGAUGUGGGUGAUUUGGUGUCGCGAAAUGAUAGUUUUUUUGAUCUUUUUUGAGCCGAAAUUUUGGAAGAUCCAAACGUGGGCUCAGAUGGAAAGGGUUGGCAAAGAUAUGAAUAAUUUCACCCUUAAGAGGAAGUAACCAAAAAUAAAAUCAAGUUAUAACUUCAAGAAGGUACUUAGGAAUUCCAGAGUGGUCCCUAUAGGGCUAAAAUUAAAGUGGUCCCUGUAGGGAUUUAGGGUCUGACCCCUUACAUGUUAGCCACUAAUUCUCAAGUGGUCCCUAUAGGAGUCUUCCAAUUUCUUUCAAGGAACAAUUUUUUUUGACUUUUUGCAUGGAAAUCCUUUUUCUCAUAGAGCCCAUAACAAAAGUCGACUAGAAGGUCUCCUAUAAGAACUACUUUUGCAAGUAAGAAGGCCCCUUAAGGGCACCCUUCAAAAACCCCUAUAAGGACCACUCUGGAGUUCCUAAGUAGUGACUUCAAUUUUUAUUGAACCAAAUAGUAGUCAGCUUACAGUUAUGAAACCUUGAAAAAAAGAUUUUUUGGAAAGAUCUAAAAGACACAUUUUGGAUUGAAAUAACUUUUUUCCAAUCACCCCUGGACAAGUCCAGAACUCAAUAAGUUCAAAAGGAGGAGUUUGCUUUGAAAAAUGACGCAAAUUAACCAGUGAAAGUAAUGAUUUUUAGCCUCUGACGUCAUGGAGGUUUUGUCGACUAUAAUUUAGGAAGUUCUAAGGGAAGAAAUUGGCGACCUUUGUCACGUUCAGAAUUGAAGGAUUAUUGACUAUUUUAUUUGAAGGACCUUCUCUCUAGUUUGCUUACUUUCCAGGCCCUGUUGCUUCCUUCUCUGAAUUCGAUGAUCACCAAAUGGAUUCCGCUACACGAGAAGAGCACAGCCGCCGCUUUGUUCACUUCUGGAAACCAAUUUGCCGGUUAAACUAGGUGAAAUAGAUCUUAGAAAAACUCUCGAUUCGUAGGAAUAAUCGGUACCCCGAUCGUGGCCGAACUCUGCGCGAGUCCGUUGGGAUGGCCGGCGAUCUUCUACUCGGGUGCCGUUUUUGGAUUCGUUUGGCUCGCUGUCUGGCAUUUUGCCAUCAGGAACUCGCCGCACAAGAGCAGAUGGAUCCAUGAAAGGGAACUCGAUUAUUUGGAGAAUCAUCUGCCCAAAAGAGCCCUCGGGUUGCCCAAAAAGGUGAACAUUUGUGCCAAAAUGAGCCAACGAAACAAAAAACUCCAAUCUCAAGUCGAUUCUCAGAGGACUCCUUGGAAAUCGAUGUUGACCUCCAGCGCUUUCUGGGCUCUGAUGUACAGCUCGAUCCUCGGAAACAUGAUGAUCGCCUUGGUUUUCGUCUACAUCCCGGUGUACUUCAAAGAUGUCCUCAUGCUCGAUGUUCAGGCUGUUCGUUCCUCUAAGAAAAAUGGAUGAAAACGGGUUUCUAGAACGGCUUCUACAGCUCCAUUCCGAACGCUUCGAACUUGUUCGCGAAAAUCGCCUGGGGCAUGUGGAUGGAUCGGAUGAAGCGCAACGGGACCAUCCAUCCGACAACCGCCUGCAAAUUGUCCCAGUUUAUAGGUAUAGUAGGCAACAAAUAUUGUGAAAAAUCGGUGGAUCUCAUCAUAAUACUUCUCAUACCUUCUGAAGGUCCAGGAGUUUUUCUUUAACCAGGAAAGGUGCAGAUAUUUAGAAAAAGAAGUUGGUUAUAACCGAUUCCCGGUUGGCUUGAGCCAUCGAAAAAUGGGUCCUGACACGGUCGAAAAUGAGAGACUGUUUGGUUGAUGGAGAGUGCAGACAGUGCCCCACCGUAGCUAGCCGUGAAUCGGCCAUAUGCUAUUUGAGAUCUGUCUGGGAAGAUUUUUAGUGGCCACUAUAGGGGCUCAGCAAGGACUACUUGGAGAAGACACUAAAGUGGCCACUAUUUUCCGUUUUAGUGACAACUUUAGAGGCUCUCUGUUUAGUGGCCACUUCAGUAGUUUUUCAUCCAGUAUUCCUUCUAGUAACUAUGAUAAUUAAAAAAAAAAAACAGAUUUGACCAGUUAUGUUGAUCCAUAGACCUCUAUAGUGGCCACUAAAACGUCAAAACCCUAUAGUGGCCACUAAAAAUUUUCCCAGUAUUGUUAAUUUUUGAGAACUCGGUUUUGAGACAUUUUUUCCUUUAAAUUGGGACAUUUUUUCUAUUAAAUUUUGAAAAAAAUGGAUUAAUACACAAAUUGAAAAGAAAAUUCUCUCACUAAUGAGUUCAUUUUUGUGUCUCUGCAGCCAUGAUGGGAAUCGCGAUUUCCUGCUUCGUCUUGCGGUAUUUGGACUGUUCAACACCAAUCGCCGCCCUCAUUCUACUCAGUGGUGACUUUGUAGUAUACUCUGUUUUUCGCGUCGCGAAACUGCUUUUUCUCUGCGCUCUCUCAUUUUGACGUGCUGUUUUCAUGUUUCUCUGAUCUUGUUGAGGGAACAGAGAGACGCAGACACUCGAGAACUUUCAAGUCGCGGCAAACGGACUAUCUGAGAGAACUUGUGUAUGAAACUGAUCCGACGGAUUCAGGAGUUUCGGCAUCAUUCGGCCUUUCAAUUUCCGGUUUCUACACUUCCUUAUUAUCCAUCGCACCUUCCCAUAUUGGUGCCUUGACUGGAGUUAGCACCGUCAUUGGUCAGAUUCGAAACUUUUCCUUUGACAGUUUAUUUUUCAGGCUUCACUGGCAGGAUUUUCACGCCGCAGUUGAUAUCGUAUUUCAAAACAAUUGUGAGUUUGGGAGAAUAUUCGAAAGUUAAAAAAAAGGGAAAUUCAGAAGAGUAGCAUGCUUUUUAGUACGUUUGAGGAAGAAAAAAAUCUCUGCGAUAUCGAUUUUUAAUAAAGAAAAUUCUAGUUUCAAAUGAGGAUUUCAAAAGUAACUGGAUUUUAAAGGAGUUGAAGAAAAUAUGUCCAAAAUUCUUUCUAUAGUGACCCCUUGAAAGAACUUAAUUUUUUUUUGAUUCACGGGUUUAAAACACUAGAGGGAACACUUCACCUUCACUUUCAUUGAAUAUAAGAUCAUGGGCUUUUUCUAGUCCUUUAUCAGAAAUUUCUCUCGGAAAAGGUAUUUGAAAAACUCCACUGUUGCUAUUUUGAAACGUCUUGAAAAAAUUUCAACUGUCAAAAAAUGGUCAAAAGAUCGAAAAUUUCCCAGGGAACCGCCGAAGAAUGGGGCAAUGUUUUACUCGUUUACGCGGUGAUGAGCUCGAUCUGCGCCGUCGUUUUUGUUCUUUUCGGAUCAGGUAAGGAAUUUAAUCUUGAAUCUCGUUUUUCUUAUAAUAUUUUUUUAUGUGAAAAGUGGAUCAGACAGGAAGGACUCAGUUUAUUAAUUUUUCGAUAUACUCAUUGAAGGAAUUUUGUUCCAUCAAUACCGAGAACCCUUUAAGAUCUGAAGAGCAGGUUCGAAUCUGGAGCAUUUAGUGAAGCUCAUUGGAUAAUAUCUACUUUUGCAGUUUCAUCAGAGUUUGAAAUACUCACCAAAUUGUGGGAUUUUCGAUUAUGAUAUGUGUCACACAAUAUGCGAAAUUUCGUUGGGAUGGAAUAUAUUAAAAUAAAUUUUCUUUGCUCUUUUUACCUUUUUUUCUCUGAAACAGGGAGGAUUUUUCUACUGGAGAAAGAUAAGAACGGCUAUUUUUGGGCUUUCCUGUAAAUUUUGAAAAUCUCCGAGACUGCAAUCCACUUUGAUAUUUCGGAAAAGUUUCCAACUUCUUCAAAAUGUUCAGGCGAAGUUCAACCCUGGGACGAAUCGAAACGUCUCUCAGCCGUUCAACAGACAAAAUUGUCUCUAAUCUCUGAGGAUAAAAAUAAGUUACAAGAAGAAACCGCAGAAACCAACUCCUGA